AUGCAUAUGAUCACAACCACCAUGAUUUUUAUGAUUCUGGGCGCUUCAGUUGUUAUGGCGAUCGCCUGUUUAAUGGACAUGAACGCGCUACUAGACCGCUUUCACAACUACAUCCUGCCGCAUCUGCGAGGCGAGGACCGCGUCUGCCACUGCAACUGUGGAAGACAUCAUGUCCACUAUGUGAUCCCAUAUGACGGGGACCACUCGCUCGUGGACUCUUCAGAGAACUACUUUGUCAGUGACAGUGUGACCAAGCAGGAGAUGGACCUGAUGCUGGGUCUUCUGCUGGGCUUCUGCAUCAGCUGGCUGCUGUUGUGGCUGGACGGGGUGCUACACUGUGCCGUCCGUGCCUGGAGGUCUAGUCGCUACUACGACACUCCCUCCUGGUCGUGGCUUCCUCAGUUCUGUAACCUGCGAGACCUGCGCAGACGGGCCCAGCUCCGGCAGUUGGACGACUCCAGCGGAAACAUGGUACACAUCAAACAGAAGCUCUACCACAAUGGUCACCCCAGCCCUCGCCACCUCUGA